AUGUUUGAGACGUCUGUCCGGAGCUAUAUCAUCGCUGAAGCGUCCAAAUUCGCCACCCUCCAUCUUACCACUCUCUCCUUCCCUGCACUUCACGACAUGGCCUCCAAGCAGCUGAAGGAGUUCUCGCGCGAGGAAGUCGCGAAGCAUAACAAGCCUGGCGAUCUCUGGAUCGUCAUUGACACUAAGGUCUAUGACCUCUCUCGCUUUGCUGCUAUGCAUCCCGGUGGUCUCGCUGUCUUGACAGACGAGGAGGUUGCCGGCCAGGACGCCACGGAGGCGUUCUACGGUCUUCACCGACAUGAGGUUCUCGAGAAGCCUCAGUAUGCCCGCCUACAAAUCGGUACCAUCGCCGGCGAGCAGUCUCUAUCCAUCACAAGUCGCGUGAUUGGCCAGGUCAGCGACGUGCCAUACGCCGAGCCGACGUGGUUGGCGAAGGGAUUCAAAAGCCCGUACUACAACGAUAGCCACAGGAGAUUCCAGAAGGCUAUGCGCGAGUUCUUUGACAAUGUGGUGUGCGCCGAGGCCCAGGCUCGCGAGGAGGACGGCAAGCGUGUCAGCCAGGAUGUUCUGGACAAGAUGGCCGAGCUUGAGAUUCACGCUAUGCGUCUUGGGCCCGGCAAGCAUCUGAAGGGCCGUACGCUCAUGGGCGGCAUUGUCAAGCCUGAAGAGUUCGACUACUUCCACGAACUCAUCAUCACUCAGGAGCUCGCUCGCGGCGGUGCUCGUGGUUUCGCAGAUGGUUUGCAGGGCGGUAUGGUCAUUGGUUUGCCACCCGUUCUUAACUUCGGCUCGGAUGAGUUGAAGGCCAAGAUUGUUCCCGAGGUCCUCAAAGCGAAGAAGUUCAUCGCUCUUGCCAUCUCUGAGGCUCAGGCUGGCUCCGAUGUCGCAGGUCUGACGACUACUGCCGUCAAGACUGAGGACGGCAAGUUCUGGAUCAUCAACGGCAACAAGAAGUGGAUCACCAACGGCCACUUUGCCGACUAUUUCACCGUUGGCUGCAAAACAGAUAGCGGCUUGACAGCCAUCCUCGUGCCUCGUCAGGACGGUGUCGAGACCAAGUCGAUCAAGACGUCUUACUCUCCUGUUGCCGGCACCGCAUACGUGACCUUCGACAACGUCAAGGUGCCUGUAGAGAACACGCUCGGGCCCGAGGGUGCCGGUCUCUUCGUCAUUCUGUCCAACUUCAACCACGAGCGAUGGGUGAUGUGCUGCGGCUCGGCCAGGGCACAGCGCGGGAUUGUUGAGGAGUGCUUGAAGUGGGUCAACCAGCGUAAAGCGUUUGGCAAGCCUUUGAGCAGUCAGGCUGUCAUCCGGAGUAAGCUCGCGGGUAUGAUUGCUCGCGCGGAGGCUGCGCAAGCGUGGCUGGAGAACGUUACCUACCAAAUGUGCAAUAUGUCGUACAAGGAGCAGAGCAAGCACCUCGCUGGUCAGAUCGGCUUCUUGAAGAUGUUCUGCACCCAGUCUGGACAGGAGACAGCCCGCGACGCUGUUCAAAUCUUCGGUGGUCGUGGUAUCACCAAGACGGGUAUGGGUCGCAUCAUCGAGAUGUACCAUCGCACGAUCCCCUUCGACGCGCUACUUGGAGGUGCAGAGGACGUGCUCGGUGAUCUUGGUGUACGCCAGGCCAUGCGCCAGAUGCCUAAGAACGCGAGGCUGUAG